AUGGAUGGAAGUUAUUCUGCUGGAGGACUGGAUCUUAAUGAACCAGCAAAUGAAGAGCAAAUAGAAGAAGAAGAUAUGUCAGGCAGCAAGUCAAACAACCCAGAUGUAACAAAAAGUUCUGAACAUAUCAAGCUUGCAAGUGGGAGCAAUACAGGUGCAUCCGCUGACACAGAUACUCAAACAGGAAUGAUGUUUGAUUCAUGGGAGCAAGCGAAGAUGCACUACAACAAAUAUGCUAAAAUGGUUGGGUUUUCAAUCAAGUGCAGCACAUCAAAGAACUCUACUCUGGAUGGACAGAAGGACAAGCAAUUGUUUGUUUGUAGUAAAAGUGGGAAAAAUGCAGACAUAAAUGAACUUGAAGCACCACCUGUUAGGCAAAGGAACCGUAGCAUCACUAAGAAAACGGAAUGCAAAGCUAGACUACGAAUAAAGAGGAGAGGGAAGAAGUGGCAUGUAACAUAUUUCAUAGAGGAGCACAAUCACAAGUUGAUUAAGAAGUUCUCCUUGAAGAAGUACUUGAGGUCUCAUAAGGGCAUCCCUAAGGAAGAGAAAGAUUUUGUCAAGCUUUUGCACAAGGUCAAUUUAUCUGCUGGUAGGGUCAUGCGUAUUAUGGGAGAAGUGUAUGGUGGUCUUGCAAAUGUACCAUAUGAUAGCAAGGAUGUGAGCAAUUACAUGGCUAAAAUCGAUGAAGAACACGCCCACAAAGACAUGUCAAUGCUGCUUGCUCACUUUGCCAGAAUGAAGAAGGAAGAUCCCAACUUCUACUUCAACUUACAUACAGAUCAUGCAGACAAGGUUGACCGCAUCUUCUGGGUAGAUGGACCAGCAAUUGCCGCAUACAAGAACUACAGCGACUGUCUAUCAUUUGACACCACAUACAUCACAAACAUGUACAAUAUGCCGUUUGCCCCAUUCAUUGGGAUAAAUAGGUACUGUCAAACAAUUCAGCUAGGUUGUGGUUUCCUAAAGAACGAGAAUAUUGAGAGUUUUGAGUGGUUGUUCAAGGAGUUUCUUGAAGCUAUGGGUGGUGUCCAGCCAGAUAACUUCAUAACUGACCAAGAUGCGCUAAGGCAGGAGUUGAAUGCAAUUAUUGACUACAGCAUGUCUAUUGAAGAGUUUGAAAGUAGAUGGGCAGAAAUGAUUUUCAAGCAUGAUGUGGCGGACAACACAAAUCUUAGUGAUUUAUAUAAAAUUAGAGCCACUUUUGUCCCUGCCUACUUCAAGGAUCGUUUCUUUCCAUUCCUACAAACUACUGCCCGUAGCGAGGGGUUCAAUGCAGUAUUGAAAAGUUACGUCGACCCACACAACAACCUGCACCAUUUCUUCGAGCGAGUACUUGAAGUUACAGGAAAAAAUAGAUGUAGCGAGAGGAUUCGAGUUGAGUUUAAAGAUGAGGAUAAGACUGUUAGAGUAUGGGGAGAUUACCCGCUGGAAGAGCAAGCUUUGACAGGUGUAUACGCCGCCAAUAUACCUCCGUUUCAGGGCUGA